GAGGUGACUCAGUUGUCAACAAAAGCGGACAGACUAAGUUCGGUUGAGAUGUCCUUCUUUCUGUACAGUUAAGGGAAUCAAAUUAUCAAUGAUGAAAAGCACGGAAUUCAAAAAGCUACUUAUACCUGAAGAGACAGCUUUCUUCUUAUAACAAAUUCUCUGUUUCAUUAGUUUCUUUCACACACACUGACACACACAAACACACACAUAUGCACUAAGCUUUACUCCAUGUGGGAGUCUGAUGGGGUUUUCACGAGAAGACUAUUAUUUGGCACCGUGGUGUCGGCUGCUUUUCUUCACUCACCAAUUUCUGUUCUAUGAUUAACUUCCACAUCUGACCGGCUUGAAGGAAAAUUGGAGCCAAAAACUACAGUAGCGUAAGAGUUAUCUUUCCUAGAAGCUACAAUCAACCCAAGAAAAGAAGAUCAUUCUGGAAGUGAUUCUUAAAUCAGACAGAUCCUUAAUUCAGAAUCCACUCCGAUAUUUGAGUACAUUAAUUGGCCGUUUAUCUUGUAGAAUAAGAUGGGCAAUACUCGGAUUUUAGCGUUCUACAUCACAGUAUGCAUUGUCGCUUUUGUUAUUUCAAAAAUUACCAUAGCAGUCCUCGUCUAUCGGCGAUGGCAAAGAAAGCACAUGGUUGUUCAAGACGGUUUAUCUGGUGGAAAGCUGGUGAUGUUCAGGUCACCAAAGAAGAAAACUUUACAAUCUGAUACUUUCUUGAAGAAGACGAUGAAACUGAGUAACAAAGACAUCAUCGGAGCGGGAGGCUACGGGACAGUUUAUAAAAUGACAGUAAAUGACUCCAUAUCAUUUGCAGUGAAAAGGCUUAACAGGGGAACUUCAGACAGAGAUCGAGGUUUUGAGAGAGAGUUGGAGGCAAUGGGGGACAUAAAGCAUCGAAACAUUGUUACUCUUCAUGGAUAUUACACUGCUCCUCACUAUAAUCUUCUUAUCUACGAGCUAAUGCCUAAUGGAAGUUUGGACGCAGUGCUCCAUGGAAGAUCAGUGGACAAGAAGGCUCUGGAUUGGCCUUCAAGAUACAAAAUAGCGGUAGGCGCCGCUAGGGGAAUAUCGUACCUUCAUCAUGAUUGCAUCCCUCACAUAAUCCAUAGGGAUAUUAAGUCAAGCAACAUACUGCUGGAUAAAAAUAUGGAGGCUCGAGUGUCUGAUUUUGGACUAGCCACACUCAUGGAACCAGACAAGACUCAUGUUUCUACGUUUGUUGCAGGAACAUUUGGAUACUUAGCUCCUGAAUAUUUUGACACCGGGAGAGCAACAGCAAAAGGAGAUGUUUACAGCUUUGGUGUUGUUUUACUCGAGUUAUUAACAGGGAAGAAGCCAACAGAUGAGGCAUUUAUCGAGGAAGGAACCAAGCUUGUGACAUGGGUGAAAGCAGUUGUCCAAGAGAAAAGAGAAGAGUACGUGCUUGAUAGUAGCUUACAAUGUUGUCCUGUUGAAGAAAUUAACCAUAUGUUCAGUAUUGCAUUAAUGUGCCUUGAGCCAGAGGCAUCCAAAAGACCUACUAUGGCUGAGGUUCUCAAGAUGCUUGAACAAAUCAAAACAGAAGAAGUUCUAUCAAAUUCUUGAUCUUUUUUAGAACAGAACAUACUUGUUAUAUUUACUUUUAAUCCAUGAAUUUUUUUUCCUGGUCUACAUGGACGGAUACAAAAAAACUUACAGCAACUCAAGUUAAUGCAGCAAAUUCAUGAAUUACUGAAUCUACCUUCAUCGCAAGAAAAAGAAAAACGAUUAAGGAUCUAACUUGUCACGG